AUGGAGUCUCCUAAUCAACCAGAUAAUGCUCGAUUAAAGCGCAAGCGCAGCCCCGUUGGAGAGGAUGCUGCUGCUCAAAGACCCGGGCCUCUCGCCAUUAAUUACUUGGCCAAGACAAGAUCCGAGAAGUUGAGGCUUAUGGAGGGAGACGCGGAGACUUUUAGCGAUGUAUUGGAUAUCAUUGAGGACUACGAAGGUGUUCUGCAACGUCAUGAGAGUUUGGCAGCCAAUCUUGGCGCGAAACUUACGGGUCCGCUAGUCCUCAAAUCAUUCGAAAAGCUAUUCGACGGGCCUAUUAAAGUCAUCCAGACUUCCUUUGCUUUAGAACAAUCGCCAGCGUCAUGGCUCGAUAUUGUUACGUUUGCUCGCACCAAUCCCACAGAGGUUAGCUUGAACCACUCCGCUCAUGGUGCCAAUACUUGCCGCUUCUGGAUUAAAGGGGGUCAGGUCGAGAUCUCGGAAGAUGACUAUAGACUCAUCAUGUCGGGCGGCCCAGAGCGAAUGAUCCCGACCCAGCCCAUUCUGGAGGAUGAAGCCGCUGAAUUGGGCACCCUGAAUAUACUGGAGUCACGGCUCGCAAUGCUUAUCAAGAAAGCUGAUGCCGUUGCUAGCAAAGCAAGACAACUUAACUAUCAUCUCAAAGGGCGGAAAACAGCAAUCCUGGGCAGAAAAUCGGAUCAAUUGGUUUCAAUUCCUCAGCCAACUCCAAUGCCUCAACCUGUGUCAAUACCUGGCACGAGAUCACCGAACCAAGUCAGUGGCGAGGCCGCAAUCAUGCAACAUCGACUACUAGAGCAGUUCCUAGCUGGGGAUCAAUCUCAAUCAACAUCGCCCCAUCACUCCCGUACUAAAUCGGCUCGAGGUAGUACGGAAUCUGUUGGGAGUCACUAUGCUUUCAAUGGAGCUCAAAAUCCUGAUUCUCGACGCCUAUUUACAUCUGAUGAUGGUACAGAAGGCCAUUACCGAGUCCUCAUGGCCGCCAAAAUCGAGAAAUUAGCUCGUGGGGACAGUAUAUUUCCGCCCUGUGAUAGGUGUCGCCGCUUGGGAUACGAAUGCACGAAGCACCUCACGGCUUGCUCGGCAUGUACUAAAAAGCAUGCGAAGUGUUCUUGGAAGGAUAUCAAAGAAGGGGAAUUAGAUUAUAUACCACAUAUACCACCACCAAACUCCCAGCAGCAAGGGCCAGGAGAGAAUGGAUAUAGAGAUUCCUUCGUCGAUGGGCAGAUAGAUAUGGGCCCUAGGUCUAUCCAGGGAGUGCCGAGCAGAUUCGCGAUGCCACAAUCCAGCGGCGAUACUCGAAUAGGCCUACAGAAUACGGAUCAUCUGGAUGCGGACCCACGACGGGACAGCUUAUCGGAUAACCAUGCCAUUCUUACCCAAAUUGCUUCUGCCGCUGCUACAGGAGACCAAUGA